CCGCCUCCUGUUCCCGGCUCACGUGAUCGUGCUGGGGGAGAAAACGCCUGACCCCAGCCCGGGCCCUUCUCUGUGCAAUCCCUUUCUUCCUGCGGGUCGUCCGCCUCUUGCCCUUCAGACACCUGCGCGUCUCUCCACUGGGUCGCGGGGCCACGCCGGCGCCUUGUCCGCCAUGUGGCUCCUGCCUCUGGCCCCAACCCGGCCCCGGCGGGACAACCCCCGUCACCUGCCUUUCUGCAGCCCAGCGCUGCUGCUGCUGCUGGGCAGCUGCCUGAGGGUCUCUGGGGUGGCGGCGCGCUCUCGGAGGCCCAAUGUGGUGCUGCUCCUCACCGACGACCAGGACGAAGUGCUCGGCGGCAUGACACCACUAAAAAAAACCAAGGCUCUCAUUGGAGAAAUGGGGAUGACCUUCUCCAGUGCUUACGUGCCAAGUGCUCUUUGCUGCCCGAGCAGAGCCAGCAUCUUGACGGGCAAGUACCCACAUAACCAUCACGUUGUGAACAACACUUUAGAGGGAAACUGCAGUAGUAAGUCUUGGCAGAAGAUCCAAGAACCAAAUACUUUUCCAGCAAUUCUCAGAUCAGUGUGCGGUUAUCAGACCUUUUUCGCAGGGAAGUACUUAAAUGAGUACGGAGCCCCAGAUGCCGGUGGACUAGAGCAUGUCCCUCUGGGCUGGAGUUACUGGUAUGCCUUGGAAAAGAAUUCUAAAUACUAUAAUUACACCCUGUCUAUCAACGGGAAGGCACGAAAGCAUGGUGAGAACUACAGUGUGGACUACCUGACAGAUGUCCUGGCUAAUAUCUCCUUGGGCUUCCUGGACUACCAGUCCAACUCUGAGCCAUUCUUCAUGAUGAUCUCCACACCAGCACCUCAUUCGCCUUGGACAGCUGCACCUCAGUACCAGAAGGCCUUCCAGAACGUCUUUGCACCAAGAAAUAAGAACUUCAACAUCCAUGGAACGAACAAGCACUGGUUAAUCAGGCAAGCCAAGACCCCAAUGACUAAUUCUUCAAUACAGUUUUUAGAUAGUGCAUUUAGGAAAAGGUGGCAGACUUUACUGUCAGUUGAUGACCUUGUGGAGAAACUAGUCAAGAGAUUGGAGUCUAAUGGGGACCUUAACAACACAUACAUCUUUUAUACCUCAGACAAUGGCUAUCACACAGGACAGUUUUCUUUGCCAAUAGACAAAAGACAGCUGUAUGAGUUUGAUAUCAAAGUUCCACUGUUGGUUCGAGGACCUGGGAUCAAACCAAAUCAGACAAGCAAGAUGCUCGUUGCCAACAUUGAUUUGGGUCCUACCAUUUUGGACAUCGCUGGAUAUAACCCAAAUAAGACGCAGAUGGAUGGCAUGUCUUUACUGCCCAUUUUGAAAGGUGCCAGUAAUCUGACAUGGCGGUCAGAUGUCUUGGUGGAGUAUCAAGGAGAAGGCCGUAAUGUCACUGACCCAACAUGUCCUUCCCUGAGUCCUGGAGUAUCUCAAUGUUUCCCAGACUGCGUCUGUGAAGAUGCUUACAAUAACACCUACGCCUGUGUGAGGACCAUGUCAACACAGUGGAAUUUACAGUAUUGUGAGUUUGAUGACCAGGAGGUGUUUGUAGAAGUCUACAACCUGACUGCAGACCCAGACCAAAUCACGAACAUUGCUAAAAAUAUAGAUCCAGAGCUUUUAGGGAAAAUGAACUACCGGCUAAUGAUGUUACAGUCCUGUUCUGGACCAACCUGUCGCACUCCAGGGGUUUUUGACCCAGGCUACAGGUUCGACCCUCGCCUCAUGUUCAACAACCAUGGCAGUGUCAGGACUCGAAGGUUUUCAAAACAUCCUCUGUAGCAACCUCUGCAGUGGGCCCCAGCACACCUCUGCCUGAUGUGAUUGUAGGAGGCUCUGUAGCUAGUCCUCACGACCACGCCUGGGGGAGCUUCUGGACUGGCUCUAAGUCCUGUUUGAAAAAGCAACCCACUCAGCUGACUUCCUUGUGCAAUGUGUUAAACUGUGAACUCCGCCCGCACGUCAGGGAUGGCCGUCCCUGGUCCCUUCAUUCACGUAAGACCGAAUGUUCCUGAGGUCUUUAUCCUCACCACACCCUUUCUGUCCUGGGGUUACAGUUCUCGAUUGUUCCCCAUGGGGUCACAGUCUGAAUUUGUAAGUCCCAUUCAGAUAAAUGGCAAUACUUGGGGGGAGGGUGGGGAGGGGUGGUUGACAGCUUGACCACUUCACUAUCAAAAUUGCCAAGAUCACAUGGCUUGAAGAAUAACCCUCAGAGCUGAAUCAUCAAAGCAAGAACAAAUACCGCCAUUUUCAGAUUAGUAGAAAUACACUGUUUAUAAUAUCAUCACAGUGUGAUAAGGUCACAAGUUCAUUACCUGUCUGUCUGCCAGCCAUGCGUGGUCUGUGUUAUUUUUGGUUUUUUCGUUGUAUUCCAUCUUCUGGGCUGUUGCUACACUGAAAUAGAACUGUAAGUUUUGGAUACAGGCUAAUAAUUUAAGGUAAUUAUAAAAGGUGGUAGCCAUCAACUUCCUGAUGGCUGCUAACCACGGGGAGUGCCAGUCAGCAACACAGGUAUCAGCGGACUGUCUCUUCUUGAUAAUUACCCCUCUGAGAUCUGAAAACAAAGUGGCUUAGGUAUCUUAGUAUUUCUCAGUAGAGAAAAAGAACUUCCACGGGUUGGUGAAGGUUGCAUCCUCUGAGGGCCUUCUAUCGACGGGGCCCGUGGGUUGACAGGUCGAAGGGCUAUCGUCGGGAUUUAGUAAGUGCCUGUCUAGCAGGGAGCCUGGGCUUCAGAUUUGACUCUCUGCAUUUUGUUGACGUUCUGUUCAUUUGUUACAGUUUUUGCAAAGGCCCAACUGCUUUUUACCCUACCUACCUUCUCCCCUUUUAGAGAAGUUCUUCUGGAAUGUUUGGAGUCUCGGAUAAUUCAGGCCGCAUUCACUGUUGCCCUGGCAAAGCCAGACCUGGUUGAGGUUUCCUGUGUAGAACAUACGUUUGUAUGUUUCCGGACUCAAAAACCAAUCCUGUUUCUGUUGUUUUCUUCACAAGAAAGUUACCUGUGGUGGGGCAGCAGGGGGAGGAAGAAGAGCUGUGGUUCAUAACCUGUUCAACUCAGGCAGUAGUGAUUUAGCUUUACGUAAGGUCUUAGGCUGAGCUUUAAGCACUUUGUAAGACAUGGCCGGAAGCAACUUCUCUAUCAGAACUCGAGAGAGCCAUGUUGGGUCAAUAGCCAUUGGGUUUAUUCCCUUACCUCAUGCAAUCCCAGUAACUGUGGUGGUAUUUAGAGGUGAAAGAGGCAAAUGAAAUGAACACCUCUGCUGUGAAUGUUUUAGGAAAGAAAUUCUAAGUAUUUUGUAACUAAAAGCAAACUACAAUGUUGAAUAUGGGUAUUAGCUUUAUCCUACACUUUGAUUCUUAACGUUAAUCAGUCAACUUCUACCUUAAUGAAAGUUGACCAUAGUUAUUCCCGAAUAAAAAGGAAACAAUACUUACCAGGUCUUA